AUGAAGAAAGAGUUCCAACCAAAGCUGAACCCAGCUUCCAAUCCCCUCAAGUUCCCCUCAAAAAAUGAGAGAGCUUUUAUGCUCAAAGAUUGUUUUAAACCUCAAGUUACAAUCGCAAUUGGGUCGUUCAUCCAAGUAGCUCUAUGUGCCAUUCUUCCUCUCCGUUUGGCAAUUAUACCAUCGGCAGCCGUCCUGCUCAACUCUAUCAUCACCACUCUCCUCCAAGUACGCAGCACAAAACCCAACGAGUAUGAUGAAGCUAUCAUACCUGGCCGCGCAACCGCGCAAUUACCAUUCUCUUCUGGAACGUUUGGUUCUAAACCAGGAGCGAAUUCUGUUGUAGUAUUCCAUCUCGGUAUCCAGAUAAAUCACCCCCUCGGUCUCGCCGCACCAGGCAUGAGCCAGAUAGGAAAGUACUUCUCGGCAAUGAUAGAGGAUCUAGAAUCACAUCGAGACGAAUAUGGGCUGCUCACAAGUUCGAGCUGGCGAGGCGAUGAGCGCAGCAGUAACAAUACGCUUCUCAACAUUUAUUACUUUCGCGACGUCGAGGGUCUGCACCGCUUCGCUCAUGGCGAUGUUCACUGGAAGGCAUGGGACUAUAUGAGCAAGACGAAGCCAAAGCACAUUGGGAUCUUCCACGAGACGUAUUCUGUUCCUGCGCGGGCAUACGAGAACAUAUACGUCAAUUGCCACCCUGUGAUGAUGGGUCGUGCAACAGUGAGGACGAUGCCAGUGGGUGAGGAGGAUGAGAGGUGGACGAAUACCCUCGUCAGUGCUGAUGUGCCGGCGCUAAAGACGCAGUAUGCGAGAAUGUCGAGGGAUGAGCGGAGGAAUUCGAAAGAGACGUGA